AUGAAAACUUCGUGUUUUUGGUCGCUUUUAUCUCUUGAUGAGAUGAAAUUUAUUUAUAUUCCUUCUUCCGUCAGCGACACUAGAGUCGCUGGUCACUCCAUUGGCAACUUAUUACUACAUCACUCUUUAUACGAAUUUAUGCACCCCAACGAAACUGCUCUGGCAAAGUUUGACCUGUCAAGCUUUUUAAAAUUAAAUACCUUGGCUGGUUCAGUCACAAGAUGUCGAUUAUUAUCGUUUCAGAGUAUAGCAGAAGCUUCGUCCUAUCCAAACUGUGGUAAUAUGCAGCUAGAUUAUCUCAUUCAUAGUAACGUAUCAACUACCGCCUGGAAUAUACUAGACCUCGUUGUUUACACAGCAACCCAUGACACCGUCCUCGUGUUUUUUCAUAACAGUGGAGUGACUUCUAUCAAUCAUACAAACGUCGAACAACCGAGAACAUUUGGGUUAAGCUGUUGCCAAGGAUACAGUAACUUUAUUACACAAGAUGCAAUGCAAUUAAGUCACGUAUUAAAAGAACAAGAUAAAAAGAGAGCCACACUACUUCCGCUACGACUAUUUCAAAUUGUCAACCAACACAAGAAGCCACUCUUUGUAUGGCCCCCCAAACCACCCAAGGAAAUGACGGAGCUUGUGUGCACCAUGGCCCAAGACAUGAUCCUCAAGGAAUUCAAAAGUUCUUCGUUCACAGAGGACGGGGAACAAGAAGAUAUUUCUUGCACGCGUCAUUUCUAUGCUACCACCAAAAUCGUAUUUGUUCAGGAAUCUUGCUUAUUUCAACGUAUCCUGAUACCUUAUGGUAACAUAUUUUUCGAAUCCUUUCAGAUUUCUCCCACCAUUGUCAAACCACUGCCAGCCAAUUCCUUGUAUCAACACUAUUAUAUGAACCCGACUCUUGCAGCCAACAUCAUGGAGGAGGAUCCGACUCAUAAGCGAGUCUUAUUAACCUAUGGUAUUUAG